AUGGGUCUCCUCCCGUCUGCACGUCUGUCACCGAGUGUUCGCCCGUUCACCUAUAUUGGCGUCGACUACUUUGGGCCUAUUCUGGUGAAGGUAGGUCGAUCGUCAGUGAAACGAUGGAUCUGCCUGAUUACGUGCCUAACAAUACGUGCAGUGCACGUGGAAGUGGCUUUUGAUCUAUCAACAAAGUCAUGCAUAGCCUGCUUACGCCGUUUUGUCUGCCGAAGGGGAGCACCACUCGAAAUAUACUCCGACAAUGGACGGAACUUUUCCGGAGCAGAUCGGGUGUUGCGGGAUCAAAUCCAGCGUAUCGAACAGGACGCAGCGACAACAUUUACCAACGCGGAAACGAAGUGGUUGUUCAUUCCACCUUCCGCGCCACAUAUGGGAGGAUCGUGGGAGCGUAUGGUACGCUCCAUCAAGAACACGAUGACUAAUCUACCCCAGGAUCCGAAGCUCGAUGACGAUGGACUACAAACGUUAGUUGUUGAAGCCGAAGCGAUCGUCAAUUCGCGACCACUCACAUAUCUACCACUAGAUUCUGCGGAGCAAGAAGCGCUGACCCCAAACCACUUCAUCAUGGGCAGUUCAACUGGUGUCAAACAACCGGCGAUGAAAAUUGCGGAAACAGCAGAAACUAUCCGAGUGUCUUGGGACUUGAUUCAGCAGCGCAUCGACUAUUUCUGGAAGCGGUGGAUUAUGGAGUAUCUGCCAACACUAACGAGGCGUACCAAGUGGUUUGGUGAGACAAAACCGGUUGAAUGUGGAGAUUUGGUGAUCGUGAUUGACGAAACCAGAAGGAAUGGAUGGGUACGUGGACGUGUUCUGGAGGUGACAAAAGGCCGAGAUGGCAGAGUUAGGCAGGCGAUGGUUCAAACACCUGGUGGAUUGUUCCGGCGACCGGUCUCCAAAUUGACUGUGCUGGACGUAGCUGAACGUAAGAGCAAGGACCGGCAGAGGCUGCAUACGUACGAACUGCAGAAGGCUCCAAAUCGUGACGAACGGCAAAAUAGGGUGGGAAAGUCACUGACCCUGAAACUGUACACCCAGAUGCUGACGAAGCCUCAUUGUCUCAUCAUGGAUGAUAAGACUUACGUUAAGGCGGACCUCCGGCAGCUUCCGGGGCUACUGUUCUUCACCGCCCAGCACAAGUUUGAUAUUCCGCAGGAAGUAAGGAAGUAG